UCCUCUCCCCCCUUCUCUCUCUCUCCCCCACGACCCUCUCUCUAAUCUACAAGUCUCUCCCUGUUCCCACCCUCUGCAGUCAUUUACUUUCUGUCUCCAUUCCUCGUUUUAUUUUAUUCUCUCUCCAUUCAGUCUCACUUUAUUUUCUCUGCCUUCGCGCUCUCUCUACCUCUCUGUCCAUUCACCCCUAGUCCCAGCCCCACACUCUCUCUCCCUCCCCCGUCUCUCUCUCUCUCUCUCUCUCUCUCUGUUUCCUGCCCUCUCCCGGAUGCUCUCUCUCUCUCUCGAACACACACACACUCAGUCACCGUGAGCAGCAGCGGGUUCCCAGUCCCGGGGAGAUUACGGGAUCCCCCGUCGGACCCCACCACCGCAGGCAGCUUCAAAUCCCGAGCGAGAGCUCGCCAGCGGGGAGAGUCCCCCCCCCGCGCCCCGGGAUCCGCAGCCUCCGGGCGGUCAGGAACACCCACCCCGAGCCGCUCCUUUUGUUCGGGAAGCCGGGGCGGCACCCAGGACCCAGCACUGUCCCGGGACAGCGGAGUGUCUGACCCGGGAGACAUCACCAUCGCCUUCCCUCCCGCCUGGAAUCGACCCCAUGGGAGCACAGAGACAGAGAUUUAUCCCAGGAUAGACUGUCAUCCCCGGGACGGAGGUAGGGAUAGACAGGAGGCCGUAUCCCGAGAACAGAGAGCGCGACUUAUUCCCAGGAUCGAGAGAAAGGCUUAUCCCUGACAGAGAGAUUUAUCUUGGGACAGACCGUGGAGUUUCCCUGUCAAAGGAUUUAUCCCGGUACGGACAGAAGGAGUUCCCUGAUCCAGAGAGAAGGAGGGAUCUAUCCUGGGGCAGAUGGGGACCUGAGCGUUCCCAUGAGGUGCGCAGGGGUACCUGACCAUGGCUUCGGUGGGUGAACUGCUGGCUGUGUGCUCCCAAGGGUCGGAGUGUCAGGGUCUGAGGGUAUGGAAUGUGAGGGUCUGAUAGUGAGAGUCCGAGCGUUGGGUAUUGAGUGAGGGUCUGAGUGUUGGGUAUUGAGUGAGGUCUGAGUGUUGGGUAUUGAGUGACGGUUUGAUUGUGAGGGUCUGAGUGUUGGGUAUUGAGUGACGGUCUGAUUGUGAGGGUCUGAGUGUUGGGUAUUGAGUGAGGUCUCAGUGUUGGGUAUUGAGUGAGGGUCUGAUUGUGAGUGUCUGAGUGCUGGGUAUUGAGUGAGGAUCUGACUGUUGGGUAUUGAGUGAGGGUCUGAGUGUUGGGUAUUGAGUGACGGUUUGAUUGUGAGGGUCUGAGUGUUGGGUAUUGAUUGAGGUCUGAGUGUUGGGUAUUGAGUGAGGGUCUGAUUGUGAGUGUCUGAGUGUUGGGUAUUGAGUGAGGGUCUGAGUGUUGGGUAUUGAGUGAGGGUCUGAGUGUUGGGUAUUGAAUGAGGGUCUGAUUGUGAGUGUCUGAGUGUUGGGCAUUGAGUGUGAGGGUCUGAGUGUUGGGUAUUGAGUGUGAGGGUCUGAGUGUUAGGUAUUGUGAGGGUCUGAGUGUUGGGUAUUGAGUGAGAGUCUGAGUGUUGGGUAUUGAGUGAGGGUCUGAUUGUGAGUGUCUGAGUGUUGGGUAUUGAGUGUGAGGGUCUGAGUGUUGGGUAUUGAGUGUGCGAGUUGAGUAUUGAGUGUGUGUUUUGAGUGUCUGUAAUGUCUCAGGGUGAAAGAUUUGGUGUUUGGCCAUAGAUCUGGAUCUUGCUCUGUCCCAUAUGGCAUUGUCUGAAGGUCACCAUCUUUGAGACCCCGUCGAUUUCCCAGUGAGACAGGGUGACCCAGGGGUGAAGUCAGUCGUGGGUGGGUGGAGCAGGUUUUAGUGACCAGAACUGGGGCAGGCUUGACCCCUUCACUUUCCACCAGUGACUGGGCUGAAACUCCACAAUGACGUCUCCUCCUCAGUGGAAGGUUCAGCUGCUGGAGAGGAAGAGAAGGGAUGAGGAAGAGGAAAGGCGCAAGGAGAAGGAAGAACAGGAGAGGCUGGCCAGAAUUCCGGCCUGGAAGAGGGAGAUCAUCGAGAGGAGGCGGGCCAGGCUGUGCCCUGGGUCAUCGUCUUUGGAAAUACAGGCCGAGGGUCAGGCUGGGUCUAGCCCGAUGGGCUCUGCAGCCAAGGCUGGGACUGAUGGGACAGAGCCUGAGGCCUGCGUUGCCACGGCGACAGACAGCGUGGUGCUGCGGGAGAACAUUGGGCCCCUGCGCCAGAAUCACUUUAUCCAGCGGGAGAAGCAGAGGAAGGGAGGUUCGGAGCUGGAGCAGGCCCCUCUGGGUGUCCCAGGGACCGAGAUGAUCUGUCACACCCCAGGGGUGACCAUCAUACAGGCAGACGACAUCACCAUCAUUGAAUCCGGGCCCAGGCUCCCGGGCACCAGUGAGAAGCUGCCGAGUGUGAAUGGCCUGGCCGGCCAGCAGGGGGCAUGUCGGCCUGACCUCCGUUCCCCCUUGAGCAGGAGUGUGGAGGAUCUGAACUCCUUUGGGAAGUGCCGAGCGGAGUUGGGAGAGGAGGGCCCCAAACGUGGGCGGGUCAGCCGGCUACUGUGCAGGUUCGGCCAGCAGGGGCGCACCUGGGCGACCAGAGAUGGCGGGGUGGGGGAGGAGACAAAGGCUCUUGCGGCACGGCCUUCUCGCUCCCGCAGCACCGAGAACAUCCUGGAGCGCCCGGGACGCUCAGGGGCAUCCUCUGGCCCACCGAGGAGCCCUCACGCCCCGCGCCAAGGACGCAGGCCCCAGUCCCGCUCUCCCCCCACCACCUCCCCUCCGCGCACGGUCUCCACCUCCCGCAGCCGCUUCGAGGCCUGGUUGGCGACAGAGACACCCAGCCGAGCCGCCAAUGAGGAGGAGGCCCAGCCCGCUAGGCCAGGGUCCCAGGGGAUGGUUGGGGAGGGAGGACGAGGAGGGGGAGGAGGAAGAGGGGGAGGAGGACGCCUCAGGCCUGGUUGUUUGGGCAGCGGGAGGUGGGAUCCAGAUCCAGGCCCCGGCAUAGUGAGGGACGGCAAGGCUGAACCCAGGGAGGCCCAGGCUCUGGUUGAUGGCCAGGCUGCACCCUCCAAGCAGCAGCAGGGGGAGGAGGAGGAGGAGGAGGCCAAAGCCUCCGUCCUCCUCCCCGACCCACCCUCCCCCAACGAUGUAAACACUCUCGGCUCCUCCAGGCCACAGCAGCCUGUCAAUGUGGCUUCCUCUUCCUGUGCAGAGCAGGCCCCUACAGCUUCCUGCCUUCCUGCUGUUGCUACUGCUGGUGCGGCAACAGACCAGAGACGCACUGGGGAUCCUGGACCACAGGGUGGGACGCCUGAGCUAGGCCUGGACAGGGCCCCCUUCACCGAGCCCGGGCCAGAUCCAGACACCAGUCAGGGGGGGCCCAGCAGCAACAUGAGCGGGCCGCAGCCUCCCACUGUGGGCCCCCGGGAAACCAGGCUUCCGGCCUUCCCUGUCCGAGCCAGCUAUGGAGGAGGGGGUGGGGGAGUGGUCGCCCGGGAGACAGAGGGCGCAAGUGACGGAGGGCGGGGGCGGCAGGGUACCCUGUCGUCCACGCCCUCAAGGCCAGGCCCCGAGGCGGUGUUGGAGGAUGGCGAGGGGAGGCAGCGGCCUACCUUCUCUCCCGGCCCCCAGCGCAAGUCAGGGAGAACCAUCACCAUCAACCCCCGCAAGAUGGCAGCCAACAAGACCCCGUCUCCUGGCAACGCCGCGACAACAGAGAACGGCAUCUUGGGGACGCCACCCCCCGCUGGCUUGCCCGCGGCCCCGGCAAAGAAACGGUACCCGACGGCCGAGGAGAUCCAGGUGAUCGGUGGCUACCUGACGCUGCAGAGGUCCUGCCUGGUCAAGUCUGGCGUGAGCCGAGGGAAGUUCAGCAUCUCCUUUAAUGACGGUGAGCUGGAGUCCACCUUCGAGUACCCAUCCGAGCUAACACUGCUGUCCGAGCUCGGCCCGGAGCGGGAGGACAGCGAGGAGGCGGCGACCGCGGUCAAGCCCCGGGCCCGAGAUCCCGCCGAGGAUGAGGACGAGGAGGAGGUGGAGGAGGGGUCCCUGGCACGGCGCCUCGGCGUUGACAAAACGUCGUCGGUGGGCACGGCCCUCCACAGGAGACCACUGCUCGUUGAUGAAAAUUGUCGGCGAUGACCCCCCGACCGGCCCAGGGCACGAUGGCGUCAGAGCAGCCGCCGAAUUCUGCUUUUCGUUUUCACCCUUCGCUCUUGUAAGCCGACCAGGAUGCAUCGCAUCAGGAAGAGAACAGUCGAAAACGUCCUGCGGCGUUUCAUUCGAUGGAACUGGUGACAGAUGGCUCUCUCUCUUUUGUGUUUUUUUUUGUUGGAUAAACCACUGGGCCACCAUCGGCCUGCGUUUACCAGUUGUCUCUCAGGAUUAAACCCAAGGCCAGCUGACCCCAACCCCCUCCCCUCAAGUCUCGAGGGGGAACAGGCCUCGGGGCGAUGGAGCAUGUUGAUGCACAAAGGAAUUUUCCAUGAGCUCGGAACAAAAAUAUGUGCUGAUAAGGGAUUCACCCGUAUUCUUGACUUUUUAAUAACUCAGUCCGCAGGAUUUCCUGCGUUUCUUCAAGAAACCAGGCCUCCAGAGGAGCCCAGUUGCUAUCAGUCAUGUCUGUGUGUGCAUGCAUGUAUGUCUGUGUGUGUGUGUGUGUGUGAGAGAGUGUUUGGAAUUCCAAAAUUAUUCCUCCUGUACCCCGUGUGUAAGUGGAGGCAGCCCUGUGAAGCUAAUUGCAACAAACCAUUUGUUUGAAGGUGUUACAAGUAUAUUCCAAUCCCUGGGUAUCAGGGAAAGGGAUGCCUUUACUGGGCCCUUAAUCAAACAGGGAUGGGAGUAAGGGACAAACUUCCAAAAUUGCUGGAGCAGAGACUAUGGAGGCUUCAGGCUCCGGAGAUGACGGGAGCAAGUGGAGGACAAAUCGAUAGGGUGCGUUGGAAAAUUCUGUUCAGCGUUCUGAGUAUGCCGUGCGAAAAGAGUUGGGCAUCCGGUCCGAAGUCCCCCCGCAAUUGUCACUGACUGACCAUUUCUCUCAAAGCCACAAGUCAUCCUGACAAGGGACUGCACCACCGUUUCUUCACUGUCGAUAGGUCAGAAUCAGGGAACACCACCUCGCUCCCAACAGCAACACUGUGCAUCUACCGACAGCGCAUGGACUGCAGCGGUUCAAGAAGGCAGCUCACCACCACCUUCUGAAGAGGUAACAAGGGACGGGCGAUAAAUGCUGGGCCCAGCCAGUGACCCUCACAUCCCGCAGGUUGACUUUUUUUAAAAAUUAAGCCAGUUUGAACACGAACUCUGCUCCGCAGUCGUGGGCAUCUCCAGGGGAAUAUCCAUAAAGGUUUAGUGUAUGACAAGGGAUGGCUCAGUGCUUAGCGUCGCUGCCUCAUAGCACCAAGGACCCAGGUUUGAUACCUCACUCAGGUUACUGUCUGUGUGGAGUUUGCACGUCCUGUGCGGGUUUCCUCCCACAGUCACAAAGAUGUGCAGGUUAGGGUGGAUCGGUCGUGCUAAGUUGGCCGUAGUGUCCAAGCUGGGUGGAUUAAUGAUGGGUAAUGCAGGGACAGGAUGGGAUGCUCUUUGGCGGUUCGAUGUGGACUCGAUAGGCCGAAUGGCCCGCACCUGUAAGGAUUCUCUGUCACAGUCAUGUGGCUGAUCGUGGGGUUCGAUGAAGUUGAAGCUUGUCUGUGGCCGUAUGGAUUUUCUAACCUCACCUUCCCACGCACUCCUAGCCAAACCCCCAUCCCUCUCCUUUGGCUGCAUCAUUGUACUGCACAGGAGAAGACGAGAUUUGAAAAAGCAUGGGAAGGAGGAGGAGGAGGAGGACCAGGCUCUGAAUUCAGCCGGCGAUGACAGUCAGCAUCCUAAGGAAGAAUGAGAACUGUGAUAACAAAGUGUGGAGCUGGAUGUACACAGCAGGCCAAGCAGCAUCUUAGGAGCAUCCAGCCCCACACUUUGUUAUCUCGGAUUCUCCAGCAUCUGCAGUUCCCAUUGUCUCUGAUACAAUGAGAAUUGUGACUGGUUUAGCUACCCUCAUGCACAGGAGUCUUCCUACAGUCCUGAAAUCCUUGCUCAAUCUCAGGAUUCUCCUCGAGUUCACUGAAUUUAGCUUGAAGCUACAGAUUUCUGCCAACCGUCAUACAAUUCUUCGUCAUUUAUCCUGAAAUCGCAGGAUUCUCCCUGCAAUCAUGGAACUCGCCCGAAAACCAUGGAUUCACUCUGAAAUCACAGAUUCUCCUUGCAAUCACGAGAUUCACCCUAAAAACAUGGAAUUCACUCUGAAAUCACAGGCUCUCCCCCACAAUCAUAUAAUUCAGCACCCCCGCCGCGACAAAAUUACUAGAUUCUCCAAGCAAUCAUGAAGACCUUCCUGAAAUCAUGGAAUUCUCACAACCACCCCUCCCAAAAACAUUUCUCGACUCAGUUAUUGAACUCUCCGUGUAUUCCGCAGGGUUCAGCGCAAAGUUUCUAGGUUCGCCCUGCAUGGAUUCUUCACACAAUCCCGGGAUCGUCAGCUAAAAUUUUUCCAGCAAUCUCCAACAGGUGCUGAAAUCACUUGAUCUUACCUUUGUCUUUGGCUCCCAAGUCAGCCUUUUAAAUCCAUUUUGCAGUCAUCCGGAAAGCACCCUGGUAUUUCCUCCAGCCGCCAUCCCUGUACUUCUCCUUGG